CAACUAACAACAUGGCCGAUUGAACCGCCAAAACUAGCGUGGAAAGGCAAAAUAGUUUAGGCGGCGCGCGAAGGCUGUUAAUUAUGUUUAUGAUUGAAAGUAGAACUUUCAUUUUAUUGUCUUCAGAGUAGUUCGAAUUUUUUUUCGAUGAAAAAAACUCCGAUCUCCCAUCGCCAUUUGCCAUCGAGUACUCGCCACUCAGGUGAUGUAAACAAAACAAGGAAUGCCACUUCGAAGGUUGGAGAUCUAAUCACCUUUUUUCUUAAAUAGAAUUAUAUGAUACUCACUUUACCUUUUAGAUUAAACCAAAUAAAUUGAUCUUUACUACCCAUGUCAAAUUGAUGAACACUUUAUCUGAAAUUUUUUCGGAAAGAUAUGGCAGUAUUCAUUUGUAGCUUGAUGUCUUGUUGUGGUGAUUCAAAGGAACUGUUGGAAUUUAAGAAAUUUUAAAAUGAGAUCUUGUCAAAUGAUUGCUCCUAGAAAAGGCCUUUAGUGUCCUCAAGUAGCUCCACAUCAGAUUUCCAGCAGAAAUCCAAAAAUGACAGUGUCUUUGGUAAGACACUCUUUGACACACAGACAUCAUUAAGUGUAAGAGACAGACAACUACAAAAAUACCAGCAACAGUUAGAGGUAAGACAGUAAAAGGAGUCACAAGACUUGAUUGAAGUUAAUAUCAGUAGUUUCAGAAGCCAGCAAUGUGGUAGUUUUCAGAGUUUGUGCAGUGAUACAGUAGAAAUUUACCUGAAGACCACCACCUCAGUAAUAUGUCCAUCCUUGAAUUAUAAUCCUUAGUUUUGAGACCAAUUGAUUAUAGUAACAGAGUAGUUCUGUACUGGAUGCUAUUCAUGGAAUGUUAGAAAAACUACUGAGUGCCAAAACAAAAGAAAACAGAGAUGGCUCAGUGAAAACUCUUCUUUCUCAGACUGCCCUGAAUGACUAUCAGCUCUGCUUGCUAGAUCUUCUAGUAGACCUUUCCUGAAUACUUUUUUUACUGAUUUGUACAUUAUUCUCAAGUCUUGUUAUUUUCUCCAUAGAGAAUCUUGCAUGUUCUUUAGUUCUCCAAGUUUCACUGAAUUCAUUAUUUUCAUUUGAUGCCUUCUUAAAAUGAACAAGGGGAAUAUGCAUGUAAGUUGUCAAAAUAAAUUCUAUUACUCCUCUUUCAGCAUCUGAAGAAAGAAAACAAUGAACUCAAAGCAGAGCUGCAAUUCAUCAGGUAAUUACAUGAUAAAGAUUGGAUUGGCUGGUCCAGUGGAAAUUAUAGUGAAGGGGCAUUUUACACACUCACAUAAUCAGUCUUAUGGUAAAACAAAGUUUUUUUACAGGUCUCUCUACAAACAGCUUGUGGAAGAAGUACCACAGGAGAGAUUUGAUGAACGAAGAGUAAACUUACUUAAAUCUCAGGUUAUACAACUAGAGAGACAAGUAAGUAGGUUUAAUUUACUGUAUAAAAUAACUUGCUUUUCUGAAAGUGUUGAUCAAUCCCUGGCUAUAGGUAACUUUAUCAGUUGUUGUGGUACUUCUACCUUAAAAUGGUGAAGUUGAACUCAAAUUGUCAAUUUUGAACAUUUGGCUCUUAUGGUGGAAAUAAAUUAUUCCUAUUCUUUGUCAACAGGUUCUUCUCCAGGCUAGUGCUUUGCAAGCCAGAAAAAAUUUGUUCCUACAAAUUGAAAAUAAACUUCUAAACUUAAAAGAAACAUUGAGGUAUGGAAAACUUUUCAUCCACCAGCCUUUGUCUGGCUUGAUUUUAAAAUAGAAUAGUUUGAUUUGACAUUAAGUGAACAUGUCUGAGGAAAAUUUUUUUUGUUUUCAUAGAAAAUAAUUUGAUCUUGGUUUCUUACAGCUUCAGUACCUGAAAAGUGUUACUAUUUUGUUUCUUCAUCAAUUUCUGUAGGAGUCUUUACUCACCAGAUGAACCAUCAAAUUAUUUAACAGUAUCACGUGAAUAUAUACAGAAUUUGGAAUAUCGAUUAGAGGGAACAAGACUUGAUUUAUACAAGAACAAAGAGGUAAAAGUACGAUUUUUUUUAAUUUGAAAGUAGAAUCUCAGUGGGAGAGGACAGUUCAACUACCUUGUAUUAAAAGGUUAAAGGAAAAUUCUCUGUUGACUGUUUGUCAUCUUAGAGUGCUGAGGCUGAUGACCUCUGUCUGCCUGCCAUAUACAUGGAUGAUUUCUUGAAACAAUCAAAAUCUGUGGAAGAUCAAACUGUUACCCUGUUAGACUGUUGCAGUGGAAAAGUUGAACAUCUCAACUUGAAGCAUGUGGUGAGGUAUCAUUUAUAAACCCUUUAUAUUAGACGCUUAAGUGGCAGUACACAAGUUAAAUUCACAAGGAGAGAUUUGUAUCCAGUAUUUCCAUAGAAAAAUAUGAUGACAUGGACCUCUUUCAUGAUGGCAAGCAUGCUUGUUAUUCUUUGAUGAGCAUGUAAAUUAGUUUUCUGAGCCUUGCUUUUGAGGGAAAUUCUCUUGUUAUCGAACAUGUUGUCGAGGUCAGUAAGGCUCAUUUUCCUGAAUAUUAAAGAAUAGCAAUUUUUCUUGCUAUUCAUGAAAUCAUAAAGGAUUUGAUUAUAAUACAGAAGCCUUUUUGGGUUCAACAUCUACAUUUUUAUGCCUUUUUUUUUAAAAGGGGAAGGGAAAGAAAUUUUUUGGUUUUUGAAGUGAGUCAGAAGGGUAUAGUCUAAAAAGUGUAAUACAGGGUUCUUAGAAUAAUGCCAACAAGUUUCAUUAGUUUCAUUCACAAAACUGAUAUGCAUGGUCAAUGAAGAAGUUCAAACCCUUUCAUUUUCAGUCCAGGCUUGAAUCGAAGCUCUGCAAACUUUACAAAAACAUGGUUUGCCUGAAGGAAAUGCUUACAGUUGAGCCAUCCUCACAACCAGCAAGCUUAAUCAGUGAACAUAUAUCACAGCCAAUCAGAGAUAGGCUUGCAAGUCAUGUGACAACAGUGACAGACAUGCUGAGAGACUGUAGUGAGGACCUGUUGUCUUUGUCUGUCCUGUAUCCUGCUGCACCCUGGGUAAGGUCCAGUUGAGUAACAAUCACUUUCUUACACAUGUACCUUUAAUAGCUGACAUGCUAGGGUUUUAAUAACAUAUUUCUCAAGUGUUGGUCAAAGAUGAAAUUGCUCACUGUUGGGCCUUAAAAAUGCAACAAAUGGAAUCUUAACAGACAACAAUGAAGGCCUCAUAAUUGAUUGUGGACCGCCAAUAAUUCCUACAUAUUGAAAUGCCUGGACAGAAGUGCAGUUUUUAUGGCCCCAGUGGCAAGUUGUUAGCCAAAAUUUCAUGAGAACUUUCAGCUUUUUUCACCUUCCCCAUCCCUGAGGUUACAAUAAGUAUAAUUUAUGUUCUUAGUUACUUCAAAAGUCAUUGAACUGUGGAAUGGGCCCAAAUUCUUGUCUCACUACCCUCCCACUUUCUUUUUUACCAACACACCCACAUUCCUGCAUGUUGUAGAGAGUUGUUUGUGAUCUUAACCUAUUUUCACAGACAAAUCACAAGCAACCCACAACAACAAGGAAGACUGUGGGUGACUUAGUCAAAGGAUAAAAGGAGAGGUAGCUAGUAAAAAAUUUGGGCCCAUUCCAAGAUUCUGAUAUUUUGGUAUUAACAGGUGAUAAUUACAUGUAAAAUUGUAAUUAAUAAGGAUUACAAUAAUCCCAAUUCUUGUUGCACAUUGCAGCCUCCCUUAAAGAAGGUUAUUCGAGAAGACCUCACAGAAGAGAGUAUCAUGUCUCACAUGCCAGAGCUGAGCCGGAAAAAACAGCAAGAGGUAGGAUCAUACUAUGAAACAAUAACCCUACAGUUACAUUUUAAUUUAUACCAGUGUGAAUUAACUCUUUUUAAGUUAAACAUAUUUUUACUUCUUCUUGACAUCCUGCAAUUUUCUAAUUUAUACCAAGUGUUCCUGUAGGUUAAUUUAUGUCAGGGGUAUAUCCAAUCAUCAAAAUUGAUCCAUCUAGUGUAUCUUGUACAUCUAGUCUUUGACAAGAUACUUAUAUUAGAUUCAUGUGUAAAACCUGAAAUUUACAUUUAGUAAUUUUACCUAGAAGACUGACUGUGACUGGGUUGUAGUCCUUGAUUCCUUGUCACUCAAAGGUAUUUAAUUUCUGAAAAGGUAUAACACUGGUGGGAGUUCUAAAGUACCGUAAGUAUUUUAUUGUAUUAUUAUGAGCAGAUUAUGUAUUUUGUGUUGUUAACAGGUGAGAUCAGUUGUGCAAGCCUUGAUGAAAUCAAUCAGCUAUUCAAAGCACAUACUGUCACUAGAGGUAUGUUUAGUAAAUGGCUGGUAAUUUGUCCCCAAGUGCAAAAUAGCAUUCUUUUCUAGGGUUCUCAUGGUCUACAUUACAAUAGUUCGUCUUGUUUCUAUCAAGCAAAGUCAUAGCAGAGAAUGACUGUCAAGUAAUAAGAAUACUCUUAUUGUCUGAAUUAAAAAUUGGCUCUGGCCAUUGAAAUUUAACUUAAGCAUUCUAUGUAUCCAUGAAAUUCUUUGAUCCCAAAUGCCUGAUGAAAACCAGUUUUAAUUUACACCACAUUUAGACUAAGCAAAAAUACCUAUACCAGUAUCAUUAGCUAAAACUCCUGAAGAAGCACUGCAUCCAGCAGCAAAGUGAUAUACAACCCUUUUUCUUGGUGAACGGUGAUAUAAAAACAUUAUUUUAUUCCCUCUCUUUAGAUAAAAAUACUUAAAGAGGAGCUGUCAUUUCAUCGGCAAGUUUAUCAAUGCCAGGUUGACUAUGCAGAGUCCCUGCUAUCUGCAGUUAGGUAAAUUUUAUGAGGUUGUGCCCGAGCUGUAAAAUUGCUGAUUUAAUGAUUUGGAGAAGGGCUUUAAUAACUUCUAACAAUGAAUUUACACAUAUUUUAUUAUAUUUUUUUGUUAUUGGCAGAGAGGCAUACCAGACAUUUGAAGGAAAUUUUAUGGAACUGCUUUGUAAGCCUUUGGAAGGUAACUUUUUUGUGUGUUCUCCAUUUUUUUGGUCCAUUUUAGUUGUUGAUUUAUGGUUUUCAUGUCCUGUUUUGAGCAGAUAUACUCAGUGCUUACAAAAAACUGAAAGACACAGCUUCUGAAGAUGAUUUGCGGACUUUUCUGUCCUCAUUCAAGGACCAUGAAUCACAGGUAUAGUGUAACUUUUACUUGAGAGAACCAAUGAUGUUAACCCCUGCCUCUGAAUCCCAUGAUUGCAGAUUGUCUCUCUUCACUUUCCCCACCUCCACCCUUAAGUGUUUGGAUUUGUUAAAUCCCCUGCUAACCUGUGAAAAAUUAAUUAAAGUCUGGCAAAUGGUGUCUAAAACAGUAAAAAGUGUCUCCUGCUCCUGUGUCACUUGUUCUUUAAACAAUGAUCCAAAAGGAAAUGAGAAAGGGUGAAAUUACUAGCAGAGCUGAUCUAAAAAUCUGAGGGUUCAUAGAGUAUUAGACAAUGUCACUUUACCUCACUGUGUUUGCUUACUUCUUCCUAGUUAUCAGAUGCUAUGGAUCUUCUUCAGCCCAGGAAGGAAAAGGAACAAUCAGGCAAGACAAAAACCUUAAUUUACAUGUAAAUAAAUUAGGGUUUCAGUUUGAGAGAUUUGUACCUCAAACUCUCAUGUAAGGAUGUAUGAUAUUCUUGGCAUAAAAAGAAAGCGAGCAUAGUUUGCUGUGUGGCAAAAACAUGGCAUAACUCACUGAAAUUAGGAAAUGUUAGAUUUUGCAACAUAAGUCCUAGCUCCUUCUCAAAAGUUACAUCAUUUGUUGUUUCAAGGUAUCACAGCCCUCUCUGACUUCCAAACUCACUUUGUUGAUGCUGUGCACUCUCUCACAAGGAAGUGCGUGUCCAAGAGAGAGAAGCUGAUGAAGCAGUUGCUUGAAGCUAAGGAUGGUGGGCUGAAAGAAGACACCACUACAUGUACAUCAACAGCAGAUGACGAGGCAGUGAACACUUCAGAGAGUGGGAAAGGACUCAGCUUGUAACAGCAAUUGAAAACAUUAUAAUGAUAACAAAAAAGUUGAGAAUAGGGUUAUUUUUAAUUUUAGCUGUUAGCAGUUAUCACAACAUCAAUGUGACAGUAUCAUCAAUCUAUGCUAACAAGCCUCACCAGCUUUGAUGAUUUGAAUCUACUGAACAAUGGCAUCAGUAACCUCUCCAUGGUUGGAUAUAAGAACCAAGAGAUAGAAAACUUUGCCAAUUACAUUAAAUAAGUUUCAAAUACAACAUCAACUCAAGUUGUGGUCAAGAAGUUGAUUGGCAAUAGGAAGCUAUUUUGACACUACUUUGAAAUCAUGUUUAACCAAAAGCUUUUGGGAAAAAUGUUUAAAGGACAUUAUCUUCAUAAAAUCUAAAAAUUUUGUCUGUGUAAUUGAGGACACUCAUUUAUCACAUUUUUUAAUCAACUAAUAAAAUGACCCUCAUACUCUUUAUUUAGGAAAAAUAUUAGAACAGUACAUGUGCAAUAAGAAGUUUCAAAGCUAAAAUAAAUGUUUUAAAGAAGACAUGAUAACUAAAAGACAUGCAAGAAAAGCUAGUAUCACACUUGAUUUAACUUUGACACAUACUGUGCAUGCCUUUUUGUGAGAAUAUAUGACAAGUAACAUUUUCAACCACGAGUCUCGCACAGGAAUAAUAUUUAAAAAUGGAAUUAUCUGAUAAAAUUAAGUUGAGCUAAAACUAAUGACACGAACUGGUCCUUCCCCCAGCUUUCUGCAGCUUGGCUCUGAACUGAUAAAGAAGCAGUCUCAUUCUAAAAUACUGGUAACCAGUGUAGAUGCUCUUCUUGCAGAAUGUUAAUGGUUUGAGGUCAAGAAGAAAUUAUUAUGCGCACCCAAGAUGUGUUAAUUUUGGUACAAGAAUCCUUUACAUGCCAGUGUUAUUCAAUACUAGUUUGUAAAUGUAGGCA